AUGGACAAGCUUCCGAGCGCUGAAGAGAUGCGAGAAACGCUCGCGCAACGAGAGGAAAAGAUCCGAGAAUCAUGGGUGCGAACUAUGGAGGCAAGAAUCGUCCGUGAAGAAUUGCAAAAGUGCCACAAGGCCGAAGGCGUCAACCACUACCAGGUCUGCAGUGAUCUCGCCAAAAAGUACCAUUCGCUGUUGGCCGAUGCCAAGGUCAAGGGCUUCCGAGUUAUCGACACUGCGUAA